AUGUCGUCUCCAGUCCACCAAAACUCUUCCUUCUCUACCCCGCAAUGGUGGAAGGAAGCCGUGGUAUAUCAGAUUUACCCAUCCUCGUUUCAGUCGCACUCGGGCGCAACCACGGGAUGGGGCUCGAUUCAGGGCAUCGCUUCUCGGCUCGACUACCUCAAGUCGCUCGGAGUGGACGUAGUCUGGUCGUCGCCCAUCUGCAAGUCGCCCCAAGCUGACAUGGGCUACGACAUUGCCGACUACAAGCAGAUUUACCACAGGUACGGCACGCUGCAAGAUGUAGAUAAUCUCAUCGCUGAGCUGACCAAGCGCGGCAUGAAGCUGAUGAUGGACUUGGUCGUCAACCACACCAGCAACGAGCACGCUUGGUUCUUGGAGAGCCGCAGCAGCAAGGACAGUCCCAAGCGAGACUGGUACAUCUGGAAGAAGCCCAAGUCCGUCAGUGCUGAUGGGGUGCCAGAACCGCCCAGUAACUGGGCGCAGAUUCUGGGCGAGGCCAAUUCAGCCUGGACGUACGAUGAGAAGACGGGCGAAUACUACCUCAGCCUCUUCACGCCCGAGCAGCCCGAUCUGAAUUGGGAGAACCCCGAGGUGCGCGCUGCUGUCUGGGACGUGAUGCACUUCUGGCUCCAGCGCGGCGCGGCUGGUUUCAGGAUGGACGUCAUCAACCUGAUCUCCAAGGUGCCAGGGUAUCCAGAUGCGGAGGUGGUCCUCGGCGCUGGAUGCAAGUUCCAGCCGGCGUUCAAGUACUUCGUCAACGGGCCCAAGAUGCACGACUACCUGCAAGAGAUGCACCGGGAGGUGCUCAGCAAGUACGACACCAUCACGGUGGGUGAGAUGCCGGGCAUCAGCGACGACGAUGAAGUAUUGAGAACUGUCGGCGCCAAGGCGGGCGAGCUUCGCAUGAUCUUCAUCUUCGACCUGGUCGACAUCGACAAGCCGCACGUGCGGAUGGCGCUCAAGCCCUGGGACGUUAAGGAGAUGAAGUCCAUCAUAAGCCGAUGGCAGCGUGUCAUGAUCGAGAAGGACGGUUGGAACUCCGUCUUCAUCGAGAAUCACGACAACCCAAGAUCCGUGUCGCGGUACGUCGAUGAUAGCGAUGAGUGGCGACACAUCGGGGCCAAGCUCAUCGCGCUCAUGCAGACGACUCUUGGAGGUACCCUGUUCAUAUACCAGGGCGAGGAGAUCGGUCUUCGCAAUAUUUCGAAGUCGUGGGACAUUGAGGAGUUCAAAGAUAUCGAAACCAUCAACUACUGGGCGAAGGUCAACGACCUGUACGCCGAUAACCCGGAGGAACUAGCUUACGGCCGCAAAAUCAUUGACAUGAAGGCCCGAGACCAUUCCAGGACACCCAUGCAUUGGAACGCCGAAGAGAAUGCAGGCUUCUGUGAUGCUGGGGCGAAGCCGUGGAUGCGAAUCAUGGAUGACUACAAGACCGUCAACGUCGACGCCCAGAUGAAGGCUGAUUUAGGUGACGACCUUUCGGUCUGGCAGUUUUGGCAGCGCGGCUUGAAGGACAGAAAGGAGCACGCCGACGUGUUCGUGUACGGCGACUUUGAGGAAUUGUCCGUCGAACAUCCCAACGUGUUCGCCUACGUAAGAACGAGCAUCAAGGGCGAGAAGUGGUUGGUCGUGCUCAAUUACUCAGGCCAGGAGCUCGAGUGGUUGAUGCCUGACAACCUCAGCGUGCAGUUUUGGGCGUGCAGCAAUUAUGUCAAGGGUCGGGCGGAGAAGCCAUUGAAGAAGACUAUUCCCUUGAAGCCUUGGGAGGGUAUAUUGGGUCGAGGUGUUGAAUGUGUCGAGUACGACGAUGCCAAGUUCGCCAAAGCCGAUUCCUUCGGUUAUGAUAAGCUCAGCAAGCCCCAAAGUCGCCCUACGACUGAGAUCAGCGACGUCAAAUUCUGGCUUGUGACUGGCGAUGUCAAGCCUCCACUCAAGGAGAUCAAAUACGAGGCUCCGUCACAGUCCUGGGGCGUUGGAUCGCCGGUCUACUUCUUGUUGAUUCGCGAAGGGGACCUCAAAAGGUGCAAGAAGGACUUCCAAUGA